GAAGGUGUGCCCACGUGUUUACUUUUAAAGUUUUGAUUUUUUGGCGGCAACAAGGGCUUUACUUUAGUUUUCAGACUACAUUUUGAAUCCUCUACUCAUCAUAUCAUCAUAAUUUUAUCUCCCUCUCUCUUCAUUUCCUCCAGUUGUAAUUCAAGACUUCCCUUUUCACUUUAUUCGUCAAAUCAUCUUUUUCAUAUCAUCUCAUCUCUUUUAUUGAAUCCAUUAUGUCUACAGAUCACGCCAAUGUCAGUAGAGAUGAGACAGAACUGCCAAACUUCCAGCAACGAUUUGAGAGACUCAAACCAUCACGAGAGUUGUUACAGUUCUACAGAGACAAGUUUACAGAAUAUGACUCGGAGUAUCAAGAAUUAUGUAAGAAGAUUGAGACGUACGAGUCGAUUCAAAUAGAAAUGCAAAAGGCCCGUCUCGAAAAUCAGCAAAGAGAAGACGAAAUUAAACAAUUGCAACAAGCUCUAAGUGACAUGCAAGUGUACUUGUUUCAAGAGAGAGAGCAUGUUUUGAGACUUUACGCCGAGAACGACAGACUCAAAAUAAAAGAUCUUGAGAGUCGUAAGAAAAUACAGCACCUCCUGACAGUACAGGGCAUCACUAGAAAGGGAGGGGGAGGAGGAAGGGGAGGAGAGUCGACUUAUACAUUUAAAGAACCACCAGCAAAAGUACUAGUAUCACAGCACAUUCCCAGUGAUACUAAAGGCAGAGGACCUGGAGGACACAAGACACUUGAAUCAACCUCACCUCCUGCUGCAUCGGCUGCCAGUGGGGGAGAAGGUGACACUGAUAAGGAGUCAUUAUUAUUAACCAUUGAAUCACUUAAUGCACAACUUGAGGAGCAUGCCAAGCUCUGCAAAGAACAAGUUGAUGCACUCCUGGAGGACAGACAGAUAAAGAUGGAAGAGAGUGAUGGGAGGAAUGAAAGAGACAGCAUUAAGAUACAAACACUCUCUGAUCAGUAUCACAAGAGUCAGUGUCUCCUUUAUGAGAGCACCAAAGAUUUUCUUCAAGUGAAAUACGAGUUGAGAGCAAAGGAGAGAGAAUGGAUAGCAGAGAAAGACAAGCUCUUGCAAGAAAUGGAUAAACUGAGAGAACAAAUAUCAGUAGCUUCAGGCAAAGACUCUUUAUUGGAUUUCAGUUGUCUGGAGAACUUCUCUCCUCAAGAUGGAAGGAAAGGGCCAGACACAGCUCAGCUACAACUCCAGUUACAACAGACUCAGCAACUAGCUGAUUGGUACAGGGAACAAAGUAUUAAAUGUGAAGAUGAGCUGGGAAGAGUUAAAGAGGAAAAUGAGGCAGCAAAGUCAUUAUUCAAAGAGAGAACAGCUAAACUUAAUCAAAGACUAGAGCUAAUGAACAAGCGAUAUCAAGCAUUAGAGAAAAGACGCUCUCUUGAAGUUGAAGGAUACAAGAAUGACAUUAAAAUACUCCGCCAGAAACUAAAAGACCUCGAAAAGAAGUUAUACAGAGUUACUACAACGAUUGCAAGCAGUUCAGCGAAUGGGACAGAUAUUGAUGUUUUAGCUCAAGUUAAAGAAACUGCUCUCAACUCUAACAGAAUAAUGGGAGACCUGAGACAACUAAAGGGGAAAAUUUACACUAUAGAGAAGGAUUUUAGAAACAUGCAUAGUUGUUGAAAUAUUUAUAAGACAUAUUAAAUUUAGUUCAUAUAUUCGAUAUUCA